UGGAAGUGUGUAAGAAGGGCGGUAAAUUCAGUCUUCCAAUGCCAGAUGUAGUGUAUUCUGUGGCAUUUUCACCUUUUCACUGGAUUGACUCUUUGAUAGCUGUUGGUAUGCGAUGUCGGAUAACGAUACUAAGUUGUAAAAUUACGGAUGAUGAUUCUGGGGAAGAAAAUGCUAAUUUUGAUAUCUUACGAGACUUUAAUCAUGGAUGUCGUGUCCAGGCAAUAGCAUGGAGUCCUCAAACAACAUUGACCCUCAUUCCAAAAAGUAUAAAGUUUGCUACUGCAGGUGGAGAUAGGAAGAUCAGAGUUUUCUCUUCAGACUUAAAGAAUGAUGACACUGUGCAGCAUGUGGAAGGACACAGUGACUACAUCAAUGACCUAGCAUUUGAUCCUCAGACUGGUGAGCAACUUGCUAGUGUCAGCGAUGACCACACAUGCUGUGUUUGGUCACCAGAAGGGAACCUAGUAGCCCGUCUGUUCUUGACGUCACCUGGCAUGAGUGUACGGUGGCACACAGAAGAGGUUUACAAGCUGCUGGUAGCAGAGAAGAAAGGAGUCAUUAGAUUCUAUAACAUUGGAACCCAGCAACCUGUCAUGUCUUUGGAAUGCACAAAUAGGCCUUUGCUGUCAGCUGAUUGGAGCCCUGCUAACAGUCUGAGGGUGGGAUGUGUUGCAGGAUCAGACUGGUUCCUCUGGGACACCUCCAUAUCAAGUCAACCACUCGAACAACGAACAGCUCACAUCGAAAGAGGAGUUACUUUUAGCUUUGCCCAUUCACAUCGUGAACUGUUUGCAACAAGAGGUUUACCAGAAAAUCAGAUUAAAGUUAGCAACAGAAACCUUGCACAAACCAUCUUAUCUGCUACACUGAAUGAAGGAUCUGGUUUAUCAUGGCAUUGUCGUUUGCCCUUACUAGCAGCAGGAGGAGAUCGAGAAGUAGUACUUUGGAAGAUUGAAACCACUUAAUAUACAUAGCUAUGACACUUUCAGAAUAGUUCCAUUGCUAUUUUAUGAUGAUGAUAUUAAACUAUUCCAAUACCACCAAAAUGUUCUGGAUUAUAGUGAAGGGUUUAACCUUGAAACAGCACCAAAACAUGUCAUAAUGACACUUGGAGGCAAGAAGGUUUUAAAUCAUACAUUCUGAAUUAAACAUGUACUUUUGUUUCCUAAAACAAAUCACGAUUGUCCUUAAAUAUAAAGAUAAAAGGUAUUGUUUAAUUGUAUUUUGUACUAAAUAAUGACAUUCUAAGGUAUGUUUGAAUCACAAGUGGCUAAGUUUUGCUUCAUUGUCUUUUUUAUGUUCUUGAUAUGAAUUUUUGAAAAAUUGAGGCUGUCAUUUUGAAUGGGAGUGGUUAGAAACUAAACAUCAUUCUGGCAUAUUUCUUUUAUAACAAAAUAUCUAUAUCCAGAUUUGCCUAUUAGAAGGGGCUAUUUUAUUCACUCCCAAAUACAUAAAACAUUUAAAUGUAACAUAAAAUUGAAAAGAUUUAAAUUAAAACUUGUUGAAAGACAGUCCUAAUUAGCAAUCUCAUGAUAGUUUUGAGGUGAUUAUAAUAUCAUAAAAUGUUUUUGAAAAAAAAAUUCCAAAGUUUUUGUCAUGCAAGGUUGCUAAGAUUGGCUUCACACACAUGCAAUUGUUUUGCUUUAGGGAUACUGUUUAUUAAAUGGUUAUUAUAAACAAAAAUUCUAACAUGAAAAUACCCUUCAUAAAUAUUUUGCAUGAUGUUACUUGAAAGUGUACAUAAUGAAAUUAAACUUAUUUCUUUAUGAACAAUUUUUCAGUAUGUAAGGAAUACUAAAUUUUUAUGUAUUUCAUGCUAUGUUUUUAUUUAGCUGCCUGGCUAAAUAUAAAAGAUAUUUGUUUAAAUAUACCUUUCUCCUGUAUCAUUAAUGGAUAGAAGUGUAUCAGAAUUAUUCAGUGACAAAUGAAGUGCCUUUCAUUACUUUUGGUGUGACAUUAAUUAUAAUUAAUAUGCUGCAUUCUCUUAGUAAAUAUUGAAAACUUAAAAAACUAAUGAACCUGUUAUCAUGAUAUAAAUAAACUCGAUUUUCAGUUAUAAAGGUAUUUUGAAGGUGAGAUUUUACUGCACAACCUAAAGAUAUUUAGCCAAACCAGGGUUGUUUUAUUCUGUCCAGAAAAAAUAUAUGUGUCAAAAGUAGAAUACUUUGAGGACCUGAAUUCUUUCAGUUAUUUAAACAUAUUAUGUGGCAGGACACCAGAGUAUUUUGACCCAUAAAUGUUUUAAGAAUUUUGUGUUUAGUAAUCACACAACUCAAAUGUUACCAUGUACAAAGAAAAGUAUA